GCCUUUCCCCAGCACCACUCUCUAUACUUUUUUCUGCACACGCACAAACAAAACCCUUUGCCUGCGUUGUUAUUACAGCCCCUUGCAUGGUAACGGAUACUUUUGGCAAACAUCACAUUGAUCCAAAAUAAAUAAUGGAAAAUCCGGUCAGCUAUUUAAGGAGCGGUCUGCAGCAGCCGCUAAGCAGAUUCGGCGUGGUUUGUUUUUGUUUGCUUGUUUUUGUGUUGGGCGGUGGCCUUGCCAGUGACAAUCGUCUUGCUAACCGUGGAUCGUCUUUUCGCUCUAUUUUGAUCUCUUUGCAUGGCAUUUGCGAUCCUAAGCCAAACGGAUACCCAGACGACACUAAAAUGGGAGUGCUAUGCUGUUACAAAACAGCGUAGCAAUGCCAUGCCAUGCUAUGCCAUGCUAUUUUUUUUACUCCCGCCCCUGUCAUUUGUACAAGCACACAAGCUCAUGAUAACGCCAGCCCCACUUUUUCCACCUGGUCU